AUGGCUGCAGACCAGACGUUCUCACGGGAGAAAGCCCAAGGAACCCUCGCUGGAACGCAAGACAGCAGCUGUGAGCAGUGGCACGUGAGCUUCAGGGCGUUUAGCGGCUCGGGGCAGUCGGACCCUGUGGAGGACCUGAGGAGGCUCUAUGAGCUCUGCUAUCUGUGGCUGCGGCCAGACCUGCACACCAAGGAGCAGAUGCUGGAUAUGCUGGUGAUGGAGCAGUUCAUGAUCUCCAUGCCGCAGGAGCUCCAGGUCUUAGUGAAGGAAAGUGCUGUGCAGAGCUGCAAAGACCUGCAGGAUGUGCUGAGAAGCAGCCAGCGGCCCAAGAAAUGGACCAUAGUUAGCAUAGAAGGACAGGAAUUUCUCAUGCGAAGUUCAGAUGUUCAGAUGGCCAACGCUGAGGCUGGUGACAGGGAUCUUGUGACAGACUUGUCCAAGAAGCCCCAAUCCUCUGGGUGUGAGAUACAUCCAGAGAACAUCCAGGGAGUGGUGGCAGAAGCUCCCAUGAAGACUCUCCAAGAAGGAACCCAUAUUAAAAAUGUGGAUGCCGAAAAGCCUUCCACACAGGUUUCAGAGAGACAAGUGUCCACUCAGAAUGGGAAGAGAAGAGAUUCCCGGAAGACUCAAAGAAGUUCCAAAAGGAGAAAACAGGAAAACACCUCCAUUUCCCAAGACGUGGCCACACAUCUGGACACAGAAGAAUUUUCAGGACAGCCUGUGUCAUCAGUUCAUCCUGUUGGGAAAAAAGCCACGGGAGGGACAUCAAAUGUCUGUAGCCUCUGUAAGAAAGAAUUUCGUUAUAAAUCUCAGUUUUCCAUCCACUGGAGGACACACACAGGAGAGAGACCCUUUAAAUGCAACACCUGUUCUGGGAGUUUCAUGCAGACUUCAGACCUCCGAGUUCACCAGCGAAUCCACACAGGCGAGAAGCCUUACUGUUGUGAAAUCUGCCUCAAGACGUUCACCCACGACUCCACCCUGCGGAGCCACAAGAGGAUCCACACAAAGGAGAAGCCCUAUGUGUGUGAAGAGUGUGGGAAAGCUUUCAGCCACAAAGGGAACCUCAAUGUUCACCAGCGCACCCACUCUGGGGUAAAGCCCUACACGUGUCAUGAGUGUAAUUGUGCCUUUCGUCAGCUGGGCACUUUUAAGCGCCACCAAAAAAUACAUUAA